AUGGCCAAAUGUUGUAGAUGUGUAGCAGUAGCUGAAAGUAUUGUAUUACAGCUCAACAACUACCAGCCGUUCCCGCAGACCUUCCGUGCUACGAAAGAACCGGCACCAGCUCCACAAGACGAAUUCAAUCCGGAGAAUAUGUUCAAACCUCGUAAUGAGCGUGGAAAAGUUUUUGCUGGUCGAAGAAAGGUUACAGCUGCAAGCAUGCCGUCUCUUUUCAAUCUCUGUCUUCGUGUCUUGUCUAGCAACAUAAGGGUCCUGUACUACGCGGAGUAUAUUAACUACGAUGUGCUCAAGCCGAUUUUGAUGGAGAAAUGCAACGCAGAAACUCUUGCGCACAUAGAGUCCAGGCAUCAGGUGACUGCUCACUUUGUUUACUGA